AUGCAAGAUGCAAACUUGACAAGUGUUCCCGCAGAACCAGGUGUCUGUUUAAGCAAGAGUGAGAGUGAGUAUGAUGUUAAAAUUCCCCAUCGAGAAGCAAUAGGCUCGUUGUUGUUUGCUGCUCGUAUAUCUCGCCCUGAUAUAGAAUUUGCCGUAAAUUGCGCGAGUCAAUUUUUAAAUUGUUAUAAUCAAACGCAUUGGCUUGCAGUUAAGAAAAUCAUGCUUUAUUUGAAUGGCACGCUUAAUUAUGGCAUUAUAUAUGGAAACAGUGGGAGUACUUUAGAUAUUAAGGGAUACACUGACGCGGAUUUUGCAGGUUGUAAAGAUACUCGGAGGUCCAGAAGCUGUUUUGUGUUCUUACUCAACGGGGGGCCGAUAUCAUGGACAAGUCGACGACAGAAUGUGGUUGCUGUUUCAACCGUCGAAUCUGAAUAUAUUGCUUUAUUUCAUGGAGUAAAAGAGGCCGUGUGGUUACGUCGUAUGCCUAAUGAAUUAAAUGUAAAUUGCGAUUUGAUUCCGGUUUUAGUAGACAAUCAAGCGGCUAUCAACAUUUCAGAUAAUUCAGAUGAUCACAAGGGAUCAAAGCACAUCGAUGUCGCGAGUUAG